GGUCGGAUCUUCAAACGGAGAGAAGCACGGAAUACGGGUUAGAAACUGACCGACCCGACCUGAAUAGUUAUGCGUCGGGUUCGGUAGUAAUUCGAACCGAACCCGCCCCACAUCGCUCUCUCUCUCUCGCCGUUUCUACACCACGACCAGCAGUAGCACGCAGCGGCGAUCAGUCAGGAGGAAGUUAACGCUGGAGAUCAGGCCGCCAUGGAUGUGAGUUCUAGCCGAUCUGGGUUCGCAAGUGGUAUGGGUGAGUAUCAUCAUCUGUAGGGAUUGAAAAUGGAUAAUCAGAAUGUUUUGUUUCCACUUAGAACAGGCCAAAAUAUUUCGGAUUUCGUUUGCCAGGCUUUGAGAAAGAUUGAUUUCCUGCAUUCGUUUCAAAUUCAAUCAUGAACGUCAAGUUUUGAAAUCGGCAUGAUUGAAUUUUUGGAUUUGCUGGUGUUCUACACAUUUAUGUUCAAAAUUUCAUUAUAUGAAUUUUGUGAUACUGAAGAUUAAUUGCCAUAUUCUGAAAACAAGACAACGUUAUACGAAACCUCACUGCUCUCUGUACUCCGUUUUCACUUUCUGAAAAGAAUGGCCGGUUUAGUUUCGCUUAGCGGCGAGACGAAUCUCUUUGUUCAAAGUGUAUUUGCGAUUGUCGUAAAAGGUCACUGGAAGCACCUCUUGAAGCCUAAGAUUAGUUCUAGCCUGACAUCAAUAUCCAUCCACCAGAUUCUUUUUCGGCUCUCGUUUUAUUGUUCAGGUCCCUCACUUUCUUGGGCGUUUUUCAAGUGGGUUGAGUUGAUUCCUGAUUAUAAACACUCUUUGCAAUCCUCAUGGACCAUGGUUUGCAUUCUCACAGAGCACAGGCAUUUCAAAACUGCACAAAAUUUGCUUGAAAAUAUUGCACGUAAGGAUUUUAUGUCUUCCCCAUCAGUUUUAAAUUGUUUGGCAACCACUUGUGAUAACCCUGAUGUCAAUGCGCAUAUUUUUAGCUGGCUUAUGAUAAUAUAUGUGAAUUGCAAGAUGUCCCAGGAUGCUAUUCAGGUUCUUGAAUAUAUGAGGCUUCAUGGGAUUAGGCCUCAUUUACAUGCUUGUACUGUACUUUUAAAUUCUCUGGCAAAGGAUAGAUUAACGGACAUGGUAUGGAAGAUUUAUAAGAAAAUGGUUCAAAUUGGAGUUCUUCCUAAUAUUCAUAUAUACAAUGUGCUAAUUCAUGCUUGUUGCAAGUCUGGGGAUGUUGAAAAGGCAGAACAAAUUUUGAGCGAAAUGGAAUUGAAAUCUGUUUUUCCUGAUCUUUACACAUAUAACACAUUGAUAUCUUUGUAUUCAAAAAAGAGUAUGCAUUAUGAAGCUUUGUGUGUUCAAGAUAGAAUGGAGAGGGGAGGAAUAAGACCUGACAUUGUAACGUAUAAUGCCCUUAUCUAUGGGUUUUGUAAAGAGAGCAGGAUGAGAGAGGCGGUGAAACUUUUCCGAGAAAUUAAGGAUGCUUCUCCCAAUCAUGUCACGUACACCACGUUAAUUGACGGGUAUUGUAGAGUGAAUGAUCUUGAAGAAGCACUGAGAUUAUGUAAGGUGAUGGAAGCUAAGGGCUUGCACCUUGGAGUUGUGACUUAUAAUUCUAUUCUCCGAAAGUUGUGCGAGGAAGGCAGAAUAAGGGAUGCGAAUAAGCUCUUGAAUGAGAUGGCUGAGCGGAAGGUUGAACCUGACAAUGUCACUUGUAACACACUAAUAAAUGCUUACUGCAAGAUAGGAGAUAUGAAGUCUGCAUUGAAAGUGAAGAACAAAAUGUUGGAUGCUGGACUGCAGCUCGACAGCUUCACAUACAAGGCGCUGAUUCACGGGUUUUGUCGGGUAAGGGAUAUGGAAAGUGCCAAAGAGGUCUUAUUUAGCAUGCUCGAUGUAGGAUUAUGUCCCGCUUAUUGUACAUAUUCGUGGCUAGUUGAUGGUUACUGUGAACAAGGAAAUGAAGGAGCUAUCAUAAGUCUUCUAGAUGAGUUUUUGACAAGAGGUACUUGUGUUGAUGUAUCAGUUUGUAGGGCACUAAUAAGAAGGUUGUGUCACAAAGAAAAGGUUGGCUAUGCCGAAAAAAUAUACCACUCCAUGGAACAUAGAGGUAUAUCAGGAGACAGUGUGAUAUACACAAGUCUCGCUUAUGCUUACUGGAAAGAGGGGAAGUCAAAUCUCGCAUUAGGGAUGCUAUGCGAAAUGACGAAAAGAAGGUUAAUGGUAACGCUCAAGAUUUAUAGAUGUUUCAAUGCUUCUUACGGAUGCGACAACCGCAUCUUGCAUCUCUUCUGGGAUCAUGUUGCAGAGAGAGGCUUAAUGUCAAGGAGUAUCACCGUGGAAAUACGAAAAAUGAAUUUACAAACUGGUUGAACAGUCAAUCGUGGCAAACAAUUUUCGUUAUGCUGGAUGGUUGUAUAAUUUAAUUACAAAUGCACGGCACCUGCGUUUGAUGUGCAUUCUUACUAUUUGAUACAAGGAUGUUAUCAAUGAGAUGUUGAAACGCUGCUCCUAACAUGAUUGAUUAUCAAGAUAUUCUUCUGAACAGAAUUUUGAGCUCAUGUUGCAAAUGAGAAAGGGACAAAGCUUAUUGCUCUAUUAGUUAUUCUAGCUGAGCGGGUCGUUAGACAGUGUUAUGCGAUUUCAUACAUUGUGUUCGGCUGUUGGGCUCCAGGAUUACAUUCCUCAAGCUACUACCAUUCUUCAUUCAGAAUCUCAUCUAAUAUGGGAAAGAUUAAGUUAUUUUGGGGUAUAGUGUGUAUACAUAUAGGUACUUGGGAGAGAUUAAGAAUCUGUUGAUCAGGCAUUCAGGCAAUUAGCAGCCUCUUAUAUUCAAGGUGUAUGCUCUUCUGGUGGUGCUGAUGGUACAGAUCCAUAUGCAGAGAUUUCACUCCAGCCUUUGCCGGAGUAUACUAUAACAUCAGAUGGAGUCACUAUGACAUGUAUCACUUGCACUGACAAGGGAUGAAUUCUGUUGGCCGGCCGUGAUGGCAACAUUUAUGAGCUUCUUUACACAUCCGGUUCUGGUUGGCAAAAACGAUGUCGUAAAAUUUGCCUUACUUCUGGUUUAGGAAGUGUGAUAUCAAGAUGGGUUGUGCCAAAUGUAUUCAAUUUUGGAGCUGUUGAUCCCAUUGUCGAAAUGAUAUAUGAUAGCGAAAGAUGCAUUUUGUAUGCAAGAACUGAGGAAAUGAAAGUUCAAGUAUUUGUGUUAGGACCCAAUGGUGAUGGACCCCUUAAGAAAGUAGCAGAAGAAAGAAAUCUGGUCAAUCAGAGAAAUGGAUCUUAUGGAGGUAGACAAGCAAAAGGACCUAGAGCUAUAAAUCAAUCAGCAAAGCCAUCUAUUGUCUGCAUUUCACUCUUGUCUACGCUCGAAUCAAAGUCUUUACACCUUCUAGCCGUUCUAUCAGAUGGUAGAAGGAUGUAUUUGACCACUUCACCAUCAAAUGGAAACUUGGGAGCAUAUAGUUCCAGCCAUCAGAGGCCAAGUUGUUUGAAAGUUGUGGCUACGAGGCCUUCUCCUCCUCUAGGUGUUGGUGGAGGACUUACAUUUGGUGCCAACUCUGUUUCUGGUAGACCUCUAAUUGAAGAGAAAGGACUUACAUUUGUCCUUUCUGAUUCAUCUCCACCUACAGUGUCUUCGCUUCUUCUUGUGAGCAGGGAUCCAGUAGCACAAUCUUCCAUAUCUGGUACUUCUCAAAAUACCUUCGAUUAUCAAAAACUUUAUUCAAUUUAGCCAAUUACUUCUGUUAUUUGAA